UCAAACCGAAACAGCAAUUAAUUAAUUAAUUAAUCAAUCAAUUGAUUAAAUUUUUAAUCCAAUAAUAAACUAAUGGAUUCAAGCGAUUUGCUUCAUCAUCAACAUCAACACCACCAUCAACAACAACAACAGUACUAUCGGCGGCCAAGCAUUGAGACGGCGGCCACCGAUGACUGCGACCUACUGUCCACUAUUGGUCAUCAGAUGGAUACACCAGAUAYAACUACUGGCGGCGGCGGCGCCGAUAUUAGCCGAUCGGAGAAGCGGCCGCUGAGACGACUGUUGGAAUCGGAAGACUCGAGCUAUGACUCUGACGGCGAUAACAACGAAUUGGAAGCGCUGUCGAUGACAACACCGGCCAUCACUACCACUGACCUGAGCGGUAGCGGCGGCAGUGGUGGUGGUGGUGGCCAUCAUCAUCAGCAGCAACAUCACCAUCACGACGAAGUAUCGCGAACCAUAUCCGACACAUUGCACCAGGAAUACGACGAAUACGUUACGACCAGUCCAUUGUUGGUCGACUCUAGCUAUCUGGACGUAGCCGACAUCAGYGACCCCACGUAUAUCCGAUCGGUCGAGUUUGCCCUAAAACUUGGCUACACCGAGUCCCAGGUGCAGAUUGCACUGAUGAAACUGGGGCCGAAUGCCGGCCAAAAUGAACUACUGGCCGAACUAAUCAAGUUGGGCGCCGGCGGCGGUAGUAAUAAUGGUAGUGCCGGUAACGGCAGCUGCAGCGGCAACAACAGCACCAGUAGUUCAACCAUAUCUGUGUUCAGUGGUCUGGGAAAGACAUUAGUUCAUCACAGCAACAGCAAUAACAGUAGCAACGGUAGUACCUGCAGCAGCAGCAUCAGCAGCAACAACAACAACAUUACCGAUGAGUUAGUUGGUCACGACGGAUUAUUGGCGGACAGUAUCAAUAUGCGGCCAAUUGUUAUCGACGGCAGCAACGUAGCCAUCAGUCACGGCAACAAAGAGUGUUUUUCAUGUCUGGGCAUACGUUUGUGUGUCGAUUGGUUUCAGUCGCGUGGCCAUCGGGAGAUUACCGUUUUUGUACCAAUGUGGCGCAAAGAGGUUGCCCGACCCGAUGCACCCAUCAAAGACCAGGAAAUCCUAACACAACURGAAUCGGAACGGCUGUUGGUUUUUACGCCGUCGCGCAAUAUCGGCGGCCGACGUAUGAUCUGCUACGACGACCGCUAYAUCUUGAACUUGGCCGCYGAAACCGACGGUAUUGUCGUCUCCAACGACAACUACAGGGAUCUCAUCAACGAAAAYCCGGARUACAAGAAAGUAGUCGAAGAACGUCUACUGAUGUACUCCUUUGUAAACGACCGGUUUAUGCCGCCCGAUGACCCGCUCGGCCGACACGGACCGUCGUUGAAUAACUUUCUCCGACGUCGACCGAAACCGCCGGAUGUUUUGCCGCCUCCCUGUCCCUACGGGAAAAAGUGUACCUACGGUAACAAAUGUAAAUACUAUCAUCCGGAACGCGGCAAUCAGCCGCACAAAUCGGUAACCGAACGGCUGGCCGAACARGCAAAGAUUGAAUUGCAGGCCAUGAAACAAAGGUCAUCGGCUUCGACUGGCGGUUGCGGUACUGGUGGUGGCAAUGGCGGCGGCAGCGGUAAAAAUAAGUUACCACUGGCCCGAACCAAGUCUGUGAUCCCGAGCAAGUCGUUGCCAUUGGAAGCGAUGACAAUGACCACCACCAGCGGCGGCGGYGGUGGUGGUAGUAGUGAUAAUUUAUUGUCGGGGCAACAACAACAACAACAGCAUCACAAAAGUAGCGAAAAUUUGCACCGAAAACUUCAACGACAGUUAACAUUGAACCCGAAUAACGAUCCCCGACUACUGUCACUACACCAACACCAACAACAUAACCGACCCGAACAACAACARCAACAUCCGGCCCAACACCACCACCAGCAGCAGCAACAGCAACAACAACCGAAACAACAGUACGAAUCACAUCGACAGCUGACCCGAAUGGGCUCCGACGGCCCGACACUGGCCCGUCUACAGAAGCAACAGAAACAACAACAACAACGACAGCAGCACUUGCUAUACGUACCGCAGACGACGACAACAACACAAUACCUGAGCGCACUAUCGCAGGAUUCGUUGCAUACGAUAGUCACCCGAAAUGCUUCGGCACCCGACUCGUCGACAUCUAUCUACACAUCAUCAUCAUCGAUGACAACUAACUGGCCGCCGCCAUUAUCAUCAUCAUUAUCAYUAUCAAGCUAUUCAUCAUCCAUGACUUCGAGGCUAAACUCGACAUCGGAUACCCGACUAAAUAUGACGCCACCGCCGGCACCGUUUCCCAAUCAGAUAUGGUCGGCACAGUCUGGCUCCGGGCUAAUUGUGCCGCCCAUACCAUCGCAUCCCUGGAACACCAGCAACAUCAACAACGACAACAAUACCGGUUCACCGCAACAACACCAACACCAUCAACAUAGCUCACUGGGACCGGCAAUGGUCCGGCCGUCAAGCGUACCGUUACACGAGUUCAAGUCGUCACCUAUACAUCAGCCAACACCUGUACGACCCCAACAACAACAUCAUCAUCAGCAGCGACCAGUAUCGCCGACGGCGCUGACCGAUUCGCGACGUAAACUCUAUUUUCAUUUGUCAUCGAUAUUCCCGGAAAAUCAGGUCAGAUCGGCAAUGGAGUUAUACCCGGACGAGACUAACCCGCAAAACAUAUGCGCCGCCAUAUUGACAAUGUUUUGAAAUUAUAAUUAAUUGAAUUGGGUUUUCAAAAACUACUACUACUAUCGGCAAUACUAUACUACUACUACU